UUGCAGGUCGGACAUUCCAGCGAAGCUGCGGAAUCAGCCUAUGAUCAGAAUCGUUUUCCAUCUUGCCGCUUUGCUAAUUGUCAGAAUGAACAAUCUGGAAGUGACUGGUCGGAGCGCGAAAAUUCAUUCGAUUUUUAUAAUCCGUUUGGGAGGGAGCAGUAUUUGCCAGCCUACAUAAUGUGUUACGAAACUAAGUCAAGAAACAUCUAUAUGUUUCCGAUCACCGAUCCAAACAUGCUUAUCGGUUAUUUAGAAGGACUGCGGAUACAGGAAUUUCAACGCCAACUGUGGCAUCCGCAAGACACAGAAACCAACUUCUACAUUCCAGUGGUUAAAGACAGUUACGGACAGUAUCAGUACCUGGUAUUCUUUUGCAAAAUGUUCAGUUUUAUGUAA